CUGUACAACGGUAUCUAUUCGGAGCACCAGGAAUCUAUUCGGUGAUGUCAACACAGAAGAACACCGUCGUUCUAGCAUAUAGCGGAGGACUGGACACUUCAUGUAUCCUCCGCUGGCUUAUCGAUAAAGGGUACGACGUGAUCGCUUAUAUGGCUAAUAUCGGGCAGGAGGACGAUUUUGAUGCUGUCAGAAGGAAGGCCACGGAUAUUGGAGCAAAGAAGGUGAUAAUAGAAGACUUGCAAGAGGAGUUCGUGCGGGGGUUCGUGUGGCCGGCGGUGUGUGCCGGGCUGCUGUACGAGGGCCGCUACCUGCUGGGGACUUCCCUGGCGCGGCCGUGCAUCUCUCGGGGCCUGGUGGAGGUGGCGCGCAGAGAGGGCGCUCAGUUUAUCUCGCACGGCGCGACCGGCAAGGGCAACGACCAGGUGCGCCUCGAGCUCGGCUGCUGCGCCUUGUGGCCACAGGUCAAGAUACUGGCUCCUUGGAGAAUAAAGGAGUUUACAGACAAGUUCCAGGGAAGACAAGAUUUGCUACAGUACGCUGCUGCAAAUAACAUUCCAGUAUCAGCCACAAAGGAAGCACCGUGGAGCAUGGACGCAAACCUAAUGCACAUCAGCUACGAGUCGGGCAUCCUGGAGAACCCUGCACAGCCGGCACCGCCUGAGCUCUUCCAGAUGACCAUGGAUCCCAGGAGUUCGCCGGACUCGCCUUGUCGCCUGCAGAUAGAUUUCCAAAACGGUAUUCCAGUUGGGGUGAAGAACGUAACAACAGGAGAAGAGGAAACCAAUCCACUGAAAUUAUUCAAACUGCUGAACAAGCUCGGUGGUCUCUACGGUGUUGGCAGAAUAGACAUCGUCGAAAACAGAUUCCUCGGACUCAAGUCACGCGGUGUAUACGAGACGCCCGCUGGUAAAAUUCUGCAUGACGCCCAUCUGGACCUGGAGACUUUCUGCAUGGAUCGCGAGGUCCUUAGAGUUAAAACUUUUCUCAAAGACAAGAUGUCAGAUUAUGUUUACAACGGUUUCUGGUUCAGCCCGGAAUGUAACUUUGUUCGCGAGUGCAUAACUGCAUCGCAAAGAAAUGUCACAGGAUGGGUGCAGGUGGAGCUCUUCAAGGGUUCAGUGUCGGUGGUGGCGCGCUGGUCUCCGGUGGGGCUGUACAACCAGCGGUUGGCGUCGAUGGACGAGCACGGAGGUUUCGACCCGUCGCACGCCGACGGCUUCAUCAACAUACACGGCCUCCGUCUCAAGGAGGCGUGCAGGGCAGCUAACAGCCAGCCGUAGCCCCUCCCCCGCUGUUGCCCUUCUGUUGUCCUUUAUGCCUUUGUUGAUAUUUCAGAAUUGUUACGAAGAAUCUCGUUUUAUGUCAAUAUUGCUUUAGCAAUCUAUUUACAUUUGUGCAUUGUCAAAUCAAAACUGUUCUCCAUAGCUGUUUACACUGUGUCAUGUACAAAAUAAAAGAAUAUUUUCGACAGCCAA